CGACUCCUGAGGGCUCCGCGCUCCCUCAUGGCCGCGGCUGCCGGAAUGCUGCAAUCGUUCUGGCCGGACACGGCUGCCGGAAUCCUGGAAUCAAUUCCGGCCGGACACGGCUGCCGGAAUCCUGGAAUCGUUCCGGCUGGAAAAGCCUCCGUGCCCACGGCUCGCAGCCUGUCCCGCCGCCCAGAGCGGGCGGGCAGCGCCGUCCCCUCACGGCCCGCCCGCCAUUUCCUGCCGGGGCGGGGCCGCGCCGCCUCAGAGCCGCGGCCAUGGCGGGCUUCGUGAGGGAGCUGGAGCGGCGGGCCGGGCCGGCGCUGCGGCUGGAGCAGCGGGCGGCCGGCGGCGUGGGCUGUGUGGUGUGGGACGCCGCGCUGGUGCUCGCCAAGUUCCUGGAGACCGGCGCCUGUCCCCUCGCCCGCCGCCACGUCCUGGAGCUGGGCGCGGGCACCGGCGCCGUGGGCAUCAUGGCAGCCACGCUGGGGGCGAACGUGACGGUCACAGACCUGGAGGAGCUGCAGGAGCUGUUGAUGGUUAAUAUUGAGAAUAACAAACACCUGGUCACAGGGUCCGUCCGAGCCAAGGUACUGAAAUGGGGUGAAGAUGUAACGGAAUUUCAGCCUCCCCCCGAUUAUAUACUCAUGGCUGAUUGCAUUUACUAUGAGGAGGGAAGUGCCCGCUCAGCAGUGUGGGAUGUUUCUGGCUUGGAUUCCAGUUCACUUUUCUUGGUCAGCCUGGGAAAUUCUUCUCCUUCCUUGGAGCCCUUGCUGAAGACCCUGAAGGACCUGACAGGCCCUGACACUUGUGUCCUGUGCUGCUAUGAACAGAGGACUGUGGGGAAGAACCCUGAAAUUGAGAGAAAAUACUUUGAACUGCUUCGGAGGGACUUUGAGCUGGAGACAAUUCCCCUGGAUCGGCACGACGAGGAGUAUCGCAGCGAGGACAUCCACAUCGUGAGCAUCCACAGGAAGCAGGCGGUAGGUCCACAGAAUCCCAGGAUGCUUUGGGUUGUUGGGAAGGGACCUUAAAGCUCAUCUCACUCCACUCCUGCCAUGGACACCUUCCACUGGACUGGUUCAUGGCACCAGCACAGCAGCUGCUGCCAGAAGUUCCCAGAGCUGCUGUUUCCUUGGCACAGCGUGAGCACUCCAGAGAUGGAGCUCCAGACUGACUGUGACAUUUGGGACCCUGUGGAACCAUGGCCCUGCUGUACAAAGGAGCUGCUUUGUUCCCAAACCUGGUGCUCCAGGUGCCAGCCUUCCUCUUCAGCACUGCCUUUGAGCUUCACUCUUCUGCUGCUUCCAUGCACUGGUGGGGUGGGAUCUCCAAGCUGGAGUUUAGAGGCACCAAAGUAAUCAAAAUAAAAUGCCUGGUGCUGCUUUUGGCACCGUGGGCUCUGCCGUGCCACCCUCUCCCCAAAACCAGGCUCUACAUGUGAUACUCAGCAGCUGCCAGGAUUGCUUUGAUCGUUUUGGGGUUAACUGAUGAAGCAUGAAGAAAAUAUUUUGCAUAUUGUGAUGGCACAACGUGCAGCUCUUGAACAAAAUCAGGCCGCUUAAAAACCUGUCAUCUGUGUGAAAAUCUCUUGACAGAAUUUCCCAUCGUGAGAUCUUUGAGCACAGGAUGUGUCCCCUGGCAGAGCUCUGGAGCAGCGGGGAUGGGAUAACAGCACAGAGGGACUGGCUGCCGUGUGGUUGUGACUCAUCUGCCCCGAGCAGCUUCUGCCUGGCCGACUCGGCAGCCGAGGUGUCUGCCAGCGCCUUGCCAGCUGCGGGCUGGCCGCGUCUGCGGCCCGGGGAGGCGGGCAAUGGAGCCGGAGCGGCCCCGACGGCGCGGGGCGUGUGCUGGUGCCUCCGCUGCGGGAGCGGCGCUGCCGAGCGCUCACCGCGCUGAAACCGCCCGGAGGGGAAAGCCGGGAGCGGCUCGAUCGGCCGGUCAAUAAAGCUUUGGCACGGGA